GAGAUCACUCGCACUGCUCUCGUUUGGUCCCCAUCAGCAAUCGUCCUCUGCAAACUCUGCAGCCUCCCCUCCCCUCCCCUCCCCUUCCUCUCCUCUCCUCUCCUCUCCUCCUCUCUCCUCUCCCUCCCUCUCUCCUCUCUCCCCCUCUCCUGGGGACCUCGAUGGAGAGAUGGCUGAUGUCGAGGCUUUCACCAACUCUUCGGAAGACCUGCGCCUGAACCACAGCAAUUCCGAGUACCGCUUCGAGUACGAAUACUACGAGUACGAAUACGAUGUGUCGUUCGAGGGGCUCCAAGUGAACAAAUAUUCCAUUGUAAUAGCUUUCUGGGUCGGUCUUGCUGUUUUUAUGAUAUUUCUCUUCAUAAUUCUUAUGAUAAUGUCACGUUCUGGCUUUGCACAAGUACAGAGUAACAGUUCGCGGAGGACGUCGGCGGGAAAACAUAACAAGCAGGUUCAGGAGGAGGCAAAUAUAACCAACUGUGCUGUUUCAACACUACUCCCAGCCAAUGUGGGAAACGCGGGCAUGUGAAUAUUGUUGGCGAACAGACGUGCCACCAAGUCCACAUCAUCCCUGAGAGGCCGCAGUCACUCCUGGACAAUACCAUAAUUCCUGGCGGAGUUAACCCCUGAGAUAACCAUAAGCUCUUUAUGAAUCAACUUUUCUGAGACUGAUGACUUAACUCAGUAAACAGUGAACACUCCUUAUUUGUUAUCACGUGAUGAUUUCAUCCCCGUGCAUGUUAAUUCUCUGAGUAUUUUCUCAAGCGCUUGCCUAUAUUACGUCUAAGAUGAAACUCUGUUAU